AGUGGCAGAUGGGAUCAUGCAAGAUAGACGUGAGCGGACCCAUAUGGCGUCCCCUCCGCAGAAUGAAGAUGGUACCUACACGGGUUUCAUCAAAGUGCAUUUGAAGCUCCGGCGGCCGGUGACGGUGCCUGCUGGGAUCCGGCCCCAGUCCAUCUAUGAUGCCAUCAAGGAAGUGAACCUGGCGGCCACCACCGACAAGCGGACAUCCUUCUACCUGCCCCUCGAUGCCAUCAAGCAGCUACACAUCAGCAGCACCACCACGGUCAGCGAGGUCAUCCAGGGGCUGCUCAAGAAGUUCAUGGUUGUGGACAAUCCCCAGAAGUUUGCACUUUUUAAGCGGAUACACAAGGACGGGCAAGUGUUCUUCCAGAAACUCUCUAUUGCUGAUUGCCCUCUCUACCUGCGCUUGCUCGCCGGGCCUGACAAUGACGUCCUCAGCUUCGUGCUCAAGGAGAAUGAAACCGGAGAGGUGGAGUGGGACGCCUUCUCCAUCCCCGAGCUCCAGAACUUCCUAACAAUCCUGGAAAAGGAGGAGCAAGACAAAAUCCAACAAGUGCAGAAGAAAUAUGACAAGUUUAGGCAGAAACUGGAGGAGGCCUUAAGAGAAUCCCAGGGCAAACCUGGCUAACCGGUCCUGCUUCCUCUUCUGGUGCCCGUGGAUUUAUUUUUAUUAUUAAUUAUUAUUUUGCAACAGACACUUUUUCUCAGGACACCUGUGGCGGGUGCAUCUGUGCCCCCCCUCCCCCGCCGGCAGUUCCAGAUGUGGCACGAAACCUCUGAGGGACACGCGUGCUCGUGGGCCAGGCCCCCGCCUGCCACACACCACCUCCGAGGAGCAGGACUGGGGAGGGGAGGUGGUGGUGGCAGGGGCGGGGAGGGGGGAGAGAAGAGCCUUGGAUGUCAGCAAUCCACGAGCCCUUGGUAAGCCAACCAGCUGCCUCUCUCAUCACCAAACUGGAAUGGUUCGCACCGGCCGGCAAAGGAAAGAAGAAAGGUUUUAGAGCUGUAUGUUCUUUCUCUGGGUUUUAUUCUUCUUCAAUUUCUCUCUUAUUUGCCACCCAUAGACCUUUAUUUAUGAGUCAAAAAUUGUAGCAUAUUCCUUGAGCAGGUCGGGGCUAAGCCCCCGAAAGCAGGAUAAUGCUCGUAAGAGGAUUGCCCCCCACUGUCCCAAGGUGCCCGUUGUUCAUGCUCAAGGGAAGGUCCUAAAGCCACUGGCCCCAGAUGCUCAGGUAGGGAGCACCAAAGCUGAGGCUGGCUCAGAGAUUUCCAGAGAAGCCACAGCCUGCCUUGGCCCUCAUCACUCAAGAGUCUGCACACACGUAAACCCAAAGGCAUAUAUUUAUCUGCACGUGUGUGAUGCCUCGUCACUUCUUUGUCAACAAGCGUUUGUUUUUAAGUUACAACUUGGAGUUUCAUAUUGCCAUCAUCCUCACGUGUUUUCACGAAGGGAAACCAGCCAUUUGCCAUUUUUAAUGUCUCCUGCUGAGUACGGAAAUCAGGCAGUCAGAGGAAGCCAAAAAGCAUUGCAGAGAAAUGUGUCCAGCUUGUCCUCAGCCUUCCCCCGGCCAGACAGCAGGGGAGGGCCUGGCCGCCCUGCUUUCCCGCGUGGCCUUCUGCAUGGCCUCCUUCCUCCCACCGGGACUCUGGGGUCUCCAGGUGCUGCCAGAGGAGCUGCCUUGAAUACAGACGGGGAUCCUCCCAACUCAGCCGACUUGGAGUCCUUUGUGUUCCGAAGCCCGGGCCAGCCCGUGGCCCUGCGCUCCGCGAGCUUGUGGGCCGGCCUCCGGCUGACCUCAGUGCCUUUUUGUUUUCAGAGAGAGACGGGAGCAGGGCGCACCUGCUUGACGCUUGCUGCUGGCUUGCUGCUGGCUUGCUCCUUCCAGAAAGGGGACCAUGGUGGUGCGGGAGGCGAGGCCAGGGGAGCCCUUCCUCCGAGAAUGGGGCGAGAGUCACAGACCUCCUUCCCCUCUAAUGUCCUGGGCUUUGACUCCCAAUAAGUGAUGUCAAACCCCAUGGACAAGGUGGAUCAGAUCCCCAACUUACACCUGUACUGGAUCCUUGUUCGGGUGCAAACUGAAAAAUAAACUAGCCAAGCAACUGAAGCAAGUGGCCAGGGCUGCAAAGACCCUCCAAUGCAGAGGGAGAAGGACUUUUCACGGCCAAAGCAGGGCCGGCUUUCCAGUCCAGCCUCUGAGAGAUCACUUCUUCGCUGUCCUCUGCCUUCCCAGGUCCUUCCUGGGUUGGGUUGAGCCCCAGCUUCUUUGUGUAGCCUCAGAAGUCCCCUCCACAACCCUUGCUGUGUCCACACCGCCCCUGAUCCCAGAAGGAAUGCUGCCCCCACGUCACAAAACUGUGUGUAGUCUUCAGAGCUGCAAAAGCAAGACAAGCUAGCAGCUCCAAAAGACUUUUUAGGCCCCCAGAACCCUGGUUCUCUGCCAUCUCAUGCUCAGCCUUAUUGCUUCUCUCCCUUAAAAAAAAUCUCUCUCCCUGCUGUGUACUAAAGGGCGCGGGUAGAGAGUCCUUUUCCUUCAUGCUGCAUGUCUUUAACAUUAAUGGAAGGCACAGCUCCUGCUGCAGCCGCUGUGAAUGCUGCUGAGAGCCUCCCUCUGGUGGGGGCGGCUAUUUUAUUUUUGAGAAGGAAAAUAAAGUCAUGUACAUAUAUACAUAAAGGCAUAUAGCUAUAUAUAAAGAGAUAGGGGUGUUUAUGAAAUAAGAAAAUUAUGGAAAAUUCUGACUUUAUCUAAAGCACAGUUAGACCCAGGAGCCACGCUGAGGCCCGAGCCUCGAUGAAUAGUCUGUACAAAGUAUCCCUCCCCCCGGGGGCGGGUAUGGCGGCUGGGAGUGCCUUCUAUCCUUGUGCUGCCCUGUGUGUACAUAUUUGUUUUGAGGAUAUUUUCUUUUUAAAUGUCUUUCUUAUAUGGGUUUUAAAAAAAGUAAUAAAAGCUUGUUGCAAAAAUGA